UCCAGCUCAGCUCCUCCUGUGCGGUAGGUGGCGCUGCCUGCAGCCACAGGUUCAGUCGGCACUUCUCUGCUGCUGCAUGUGACAUUGAUGUCAACAGAGGCACGAUGAGGCUGACCGCGCUCCUGUCGAUGGCAGUCCGGGUCAUUGUGCCCAGGGAUUACCGAUACGGCACCAACAGGCCGUGGACUGCGGCGGCUAAAAGGUUGAAUCCCCUGGGCAAGAGGAGGAGGAAGGUGUUCGUGGAACCGAUAGCACCGCAGGACUGGUCCGUUCUCCGAGGGGACAUGGUCGAGAUUCUUGCAGGGAAGGACCAAGGGAAGCAGGGGAAAGUGAUCCAGGUCUUCAGGCACAGAAACUGGGUUAUUCUGGAAGGACUGAACACACAUCACAGGUUCAUCGGACGCACGGGGGAUUAUCGUGGAAACUACAUAGCCAGCGAGGCUCCCCUCCUGCUGGGUCAGGUUGCCCUCAUUGACCCCUCCGACAGGAAGCCCACGGAAGUGGAGUGGAAAUUCACGGAGGAGGGUGACAGAGUCCGAGUGUCCCUGAGGACCGGUCGUAUCAUCCCUAGGCCCGUUGUGCAGCGACGAGACGGCAUCGUGCCAGAGCAGUGGAAAGAUGGUCCCAAAGACACAAGUCCUGAGGACACUCUAGAAAAGACUUUUGUUCCAUCCCUCAAAACGCUGGAGGAGGAGGUCAUGGAGAAACUGGGCAUUCAGGAGAACAGGCGAAACAGAAGAUCCUACUGGUACUGACCAGAGAAAUCAAAGACACUCACUCCCCACAUCGUGAUACUCAUGUUUCACAGCAACUCUGAAGAAACCUAGUUUUUGUUUGAAAUCGAGCUGAAGGAUGUUUUGUCAGGAUAGAAUCUGUUUGGCUGUGGGACGGUAAAAUCCUGGUGCAACGCACAAACGAGUAAGGAAACGAUAGCUCUGUCAAAAUGCUUGGAGGUUAAACAGAUGUGCAAACACCACUGAUAACAAACAUGUAACUUAAAUUUGUUUUGUAAAUCCAUUAAUAAAUGUCUCGUUACCAA